CUUCUACCGGCUUCCGCCAUUAUUAAAUUCAGCUUUCACUCUGUUUCAUUUUCAUCACAUUUUAAAAAUCCCUGAGAGUCCAUGAUUCUGUCAUCCAUUACUGUUCUCACUGCUUGACGUUUAAUGCACCUCUGUUUCGGCCACUAUUUGUUGAAUUACAACUUCUAUUGCAUCGUAAUUCCUCAGAGAUUUGGUUCCCGAUUUCCAACAAUACGGUGACCAGAAGAGUUAAGAGUCAUGUCGGAGAACGGAGACGGGCUGGAUUACCUCCGAAUUCCGUUCGAGAAGAUCAAGUUUGGUAAGAAGCUCGAGGGUCACGGCUAUGGAAGUGUGUUCGAAGGAGAAUUUGGAGAUCGACGAGUAGCGUUGAAGCAGUUGAACAUCACGAACCUCGGUAACGUUAAACCGAAGCUAUUAGGUGAGAUUUUAACGAUUUCUCAAUUCCGGAAACAUCCAAAUCUCGUUGCUCUUCUCGGUUUCUGUGACGAAAGGAGCAAUGAGAUAAUUCUCGUUUACGAGUAUGUCGCAAAUGGAAAUCUAGCUGAUACGAUGAGAAAACGUCUGAAUACGAUCCAGCGCUUCGAGAUCUGUCUCGGUGCUGCUCGUGGACUGGAUUAUUUGCAUACCGGCGUAAACUCCACCACACCUGGAAUCGUUCAUGGUCAUGUUAAGCUUUCGAAAAUCCUGUUGAAUUCUGAUUCAAAUUCAUCAAAAUUUGAAGCAAAGGUUUCGAGUUUUGGAUUAUCCAAAAUCGUGCCUGGAAAAGCUCAGAAGGAUCCGGAGGAUGAAGUCAACGAGAAGCCGACGAAGGAAUCUGACGUCUACUCUUUCGGCGUGCUGUUGCUUGAAGUGCUGUGUGGUGUAUCGGAAUUGGUGGAUACCGAUGAUUAUCAGGAACGCCAUGUCUCCGAAUUGGUCCCGAAGAGACUUGAACAAGAUAAAUUACGCAAAAUCGUGCACUUCGAUAUCAGAAGAGAAAUCAAAACGGAGGCAUUGGAAACUUACGCGAAAAUCGCGUGCCAGUGUGUAUUGGAAAACCCUGAAACACGUCCUACCAUGACUCGGGUUGUCGAAGAACUCGAAAAAGCAUUGAGAUUACAGGGAGGAGAGGUCACCUAUGUUCAAAUUCUUGGUAGCGAAAACAUCAACGACCUAGCAGAUGAAACAGUCGUAGAUGAUGGUCAGAAAGAAGAUGGCGAUGAUGAGAAGGUGGAUUCAAAAACACUUGACGAAGAACCCCAGGAGGCGGAGAUUGUGGCGGUUGUAGGAGAUGCUAAGGAGGUGAUCCCCGAUGUCGCCGGAGAAGAUAAAGCGGAUGAGAUUAGCAAAGUUGACAAAUCUUCAGAAUCUACCAAUGAGAAGAAUUCAGACGACGAUAUUACUGUGCAAGAGCGGAGCUUCGAUGCUUCACUUCUAAAUGGCGUCAAUGGUGAGAGUUUAACCGACAAUACUCAUAUCGAAGACGCUGAAAAGGAGAGUAGCAACACUGUGAUAACGAACACCAAUGAUGGAGAAACCACAGAAGAAAUUACCGACGAUUUAAGCUCCAAAGAGGAAUCAAACAUCACUGAAGACGAUAACCAAAACUUAGUCCAAAUUGGAGACGAUCAAGAGGAGAUUACCAACACUGCGAUUGCGAGCAUCAAUAUGCCAGAAACCGCAGAAGAAAUCACAGACGAUUUAAACUCCAAAGAGAUAUCGAACAUCACCACAGAAAUCGAAGAUGAUUAACCAAAGCAAAACUCAAAUUGAUAAUGCUCCAGAAACCACAGAAGAAAUCACAAACGAUUCCAAGUCUGAAGAGGAAUCGAACUCUGGAAUUCCGGAAUCAGACAAUAGGUCAGGGAACGAGGUUGGAGACGGGCUGGAUGAUUUUCGAAUUCCCUUCCAGAAGAUCAAAUUUGGAAAGAGAAUCGACAUUGAUGGUUACGGAAGCAUGUUCGAAGGAGAAUAUGACAAUCAACAAGUCGCAUUAAAACAAUUAAACAUCACAAACCUCGGCAACAUUAAACCCAAGCUUCUAUCAGAAAUUCUAAACAUAGCUCGCUUCCAAAACCACCCAAAUCUCGUCGCGCUUAUCGGCUUUUGCGACGAAAAAAACAACGAAAUUACAAUCGUUUACGAAUACAUCUCCGGUGGGAAUCUAGCGGAUAAUUUAAGUAAACAUCUCACUACGAUCCAGCGACUCGAGAUCUGCCUCGGUGCUGCUCGCGGAGUCGACUAUUUGCACAGCGGUCUAAACCCUACGCCUGGUAUAAUCCACGGUGACAUCAAACUUUCGAAAAUUUUGUUGAAAUUGGAUUCAAUUUCAUCAAAAUUCGUAGCUAAAGUUUCAAGUUUUGGGUUGUCGAAACUACUGCCUGGAAAAUCUCAGAGGAUUCUGGAUCCUGAAGGUAAGACGAAGGAAUCUGACGUGUAUUCAUUCGGUGUUAUAUUGCUUGAAGUUUUAUGCGGGGUGCCGGAGUUAGUGGAUACCGAUGAUUAUCAAGAACGACAUGUUACUCAAUUGGUUCCCAAGAGGCUCGAACAAAAUAUGUUACGCAAGAUUGUGCAUUUCGAUAUUAGGAAUGAAAUAAAAGCAGAAGCAUUGGAAACUUAUGCCAAAAUUGCAUGCCACUGCGUAGUAGAAAACCCUGAAGAACGACCAACCAUGGCUCAUGUUGUUGAAGAACUUGAAAAAGCGUUAAUAUUACAGGGUGGGGGAGUAACCGACAUUGAAGUUCUUGGUAGCAGCAAUGGCAAUGGUCUACAUGACGAAAAUGUUGAUGAAGAUGACAAUGGUGAGACGAUGGACUUGAAUACAGGGGUGGAAGAAUCCACGGUGAUUGAAGAGAGUGUUGAUGACGACGCUAUGGAAGUGGAGAGUUUUCCUGUUGAUGAUAUACCCGAGAUAACGCAUGUUGAAGAUGCUAAAAAUGAGAGUGAUGGACUCUUGGUUGAUUCUGAGAGCAUAGAAGAAACCAUAACUGAUGUACAAUCGAAUGAGGAAUCAAACAUCAUUUUGGAAAAUGAACUCGAAAACAAAAGCGAUAUACCACUCAUAUCUUCAGAAUCCAACAAAGGUGACAUCGAGAAAGCCGAAAAAGAAAAUGAAAACACACUUUCAACAAACACCAUUGAACACGAAAGCAAAGAAGAAGUAAUCAUAGAUGAUAAGAUCACACCCAUGGAGAUAGAAAAUGAAAACACACUUCCAACAAACACCAUUGAACACGAAACCAAAGAAGAAGAAAUCAUAGAUGAUAAUAUUACACCCAUGGAGAUUACCACGGAAGUGCAUAACUCAGAAGAAAAUGAUAAUAUCAAAAUUAAGUUACAUGGCACCAAGAAGGAACCCGAGCCUAUCAUCGCCACAAGAGAAAUAAAUUUCAAUGAUUUUGACACCAACUUAAUACCCAGCACAAAACCCCAAGAAUCUGAAACCAAGAGAAGCAGCAGUAGUAGUAGUAGUACAAGCUCCGAGUCUAGCAAUGGCGAAGGCAACGCUCCCUCGGAUUCUUUACUGCAAAAAGGUUCCCCCAACGGUAACACCACGAAGAAAACGUCAUAUGGCUCAAGAAACUGUUGUUCCUGCUCAUGGUGGAACCUCAUCUCCAACAGUCUUACUAUGUUACAGAGUUGCUUCGUGCGGAGGUCAAUUUUGGAAUAAAUCAAAAUCAUGUUGUGCGUGUAUUGGAGGGCAAUUUUCUAGCAAACAUGACUAAGAACAUUGUGCUCCUUGUAUCUUCUGUACAAGAUGGAUCAUUGUUGUUUUUACUGUUCUCUUAUAUGUUUUGAAAUUGAGAGAGAAAUAUACCUAUGAUUGUUUUAUCAUUUGUACACUAUUGAUUGGUGUGUGUACAGUUUAAGUUGUUCUGAACAUGAGAGAGUAAUAUAUCCACGGAUCUUUUAUUAUUUGUACACAUUGAC